GUUCCGUCGAUGCUUGAUGACGAUGGUACUGGGCGCUUUCAACAUCAAACAAAUACUGGAAGCUAGUUAAUUUCUUUGGAAAUGGCAGCACAUCUCAAAAAGCGAGUUUACGAGGAAUUCUCCAAAGUUGUUCAGCUUCCCCAAGAGGAGGCUCCAGCCAAGAAGCUCCGUCUGACCAAGCCAAGUAAGUCUGCAGCGCUGCACAUUGACCUGUGUAAGGCCUCCAACCCCACUGAUGCCUUGCAGUACCUGCUGCACUUCGCCCGCAGCUCCGUGGAGGCAGAGAGUGUGGAAGGGGUUGUGCGCAUACUGCUGGAACACUACUACAAGGAGCAGGAUAACUCUGUGCGGCUAAAGAUUGCCUCUCUGAUCGGCCUGCUUAGUAAGACCCAGAACUUCAACCCUGAGAGUAUCCUAGAUGACACCCUCAACACAUUCAACACAGAGAAGUCCCAUCAGGUCCUGGCUCAGCUGCUGGACACUCUGCUGGUCAUCGGCACCCAUCUCCCAGAAAGCCUUAUUGUUAGACACAGACUCAUAGAGGUGGCCUACAAGCACCUGUCAGACACAUAUUUCGGUGUGAGGAAUAAAUGCCUACAACUCCUGGGUUGCCUGGGAAAUGUGGACACGCCAUUAAAUAAAGAUGGACAGGGAUUGGUUCCAGCUGUUAUUGGGGGCAGUGCUCCAGGGGUGUCUGGUGGAGUGUGUGUGAGAGACGCGCAGAGCCUCAUCAGUGACUACUUUGCAGACCAGGACCCAAGGGUGCGCACGGCGGCCAUCAAAGCCAUGCUGCAACUGCAUGAAAGGGGACUGAAGAUUCAACAGACCAUUUAUGAUCAGGCCUGUCAGCUGCUGUGUGAUGACUAUGAGCAGGUUCGUUCGGCUGCCGUUCAGAUGGUGUGGGUCCUGAGUCAGCUCUAUCCAGAGAGCAUUGUGCCGAUUCCGUCGUCCAAUGAGCAAGUCCGUCUGGUCGACGACUCGUUUGGGAAGAUCAGUCACAUGGUCUCUGAUGGAUCCUGGGUGGUCAGGGUGCAGGCCGCCAAAACACUGGGUAACAUGUUGCAGGUCAGUCCUCACUUCCUAGAGCAGACUCUGGACAAGAAGCUGAUGUCAGACCUCAGGAGGAAACGUACUGCUCAUGAGCGGGCCAAGGAGCUCUAUACGUCAGGUGAGUUCUCCUCUGGGAGGAAAUGGGCUGAUGAUGCUCCCAAGGAGAAGGUGGACACCUCAGCUGUCAACCUGAUCGCCUCGGGGGCAUGUGGAGCCUUCGUACACGGACUGGAGGACGAGAUGUACGAGGUGCGUAUUGCUGCUGUGGAUGCACUCUCUGCUCUUGCCCAAUCAUCUGCCAGCUUUGCGGAGAAGUGCCUGGACUUCCUGGUUGACAUGUUUAAUGAUGAGAUUGAGGAAGUCAGGCUGCAGUCCAUCCACGUCCUGAGACAGAUCUCUACUAACAUCACCCUGAGAGAAGACCAGCUGGAUACUGUACUGGCUGUACUAGAGGACUCGUCUCGUGACAUCAGAGAGGCGCUACAUGAGUUGCUGUGUUUCACCAAUGUGUCGACUAAAGAGUGUAUUCAACUGGCCCUGCUGGAGCUGCUGAAAAACCUCACCAAGUACCCCACCGACCGCAACUCUGUCUGGAAGUGUCUAAAGUUUCUAGGUUGUCGUCAUCCUACGCUGGUGUUACCGCUGGUUCCAGAGCUGCUCAGUACUCACCCCUACUUCCACACCCCUGAACCAGACAUGGAUGACCCUGCCUAUAUUGCAGUGUUGGUGCUGGUGUUCAACGCAGCUCAGUCUUGUCCCACCAUGACAGCUCUGUUCUCAGACCACACCUUUAGACACUACACCUACCUACGGGACAGCCUCUCUCACCUAGUACCUCCUCUCAGGUUACCAGGGAGGACGCAGGCCCCAGGUGUGAGUGGUAUAGAAGGUUCAGGCAGUGUGGAGUCUGCUCAACUAUUCCUCCAACAGAGUCUGAGCAGAAUUAGCACUAUACACAACCUACAGGACCCCGGGUCUCAGGACCUGCUCAACUUUACUAUCAGAGACCUACAGAGACUGGGGGAGCUACAGACAGAGCUGGCAGGAGCUGCUGACUUCUCUGCCACCUACCUCCGCUGCCAACUACUGCUCACCAAGGCCUUGCAGGAGAAGUUGUGGACUAUGGCCGUCCCCCUCUGCCUUAAACACAACGCCAUGGCAACUGCUGCUGCCAAACAGAUGUUGGAGGAGACGUAUAAACUGGAGUUCCUAUAUAGUGGUCUGGAGAACAGACAGGUGGCCACCAUACACCACGUCAGACUACAGGCUAAGGCCUUACAGCUAGUCCUGACUGCCCGUACCAGACGAGGAGUUGAACCUCUCAUCAGUGUCUGUGAGAAGUUCCUUCAGGAGGUGGAAUCCUUUCAGAGGCUGUUUGUGGUGGAGCUGCCCCACCUCCAGGAAAGUUUUGUGGGGAAGCUGUUGGACUUGAGUCCCAAGCUGUCGGCCUGCAAGCCUGGAGAACUAGUCAAGAUCCUUCAGACCACAUUGAGACAGAGUGGCUUCUUAAACCUUCAAUUACCUAAACAGGUCCAGCGUGCGUCAGCGACCAUCAUCGAGCCGACAGGAGAGUCUGACAACCCGCUGCGUUUCACAUCUGGCCUGGUGGUGGCGCUAGACAUCGAUGCUACGCUGGAGCACGUGCAAGACCCCCACAACACUGUCAAAGUACAGGUGCUGUAUCCAGACGGCCAGUCUCAUGUGAUUCAGCCUAAACCUGGAGACUUCAGGAGUCCUGGACCACACCGCCACCGCCUCAUCACACAGGUCUACUUGUCUCACUCCGCAUGGACUGAGGCGUGUCAGAUCGAGGUGAGGCUGCUGCUGGCCUACAGCUCAUCUCGUCUCUGUAAGGCAGUGUGGAGUGACAGCAGCACUGAAGGCCUGCAGCCAGCAGAGGGUGCCACUGAGGGAACCAUUUCUUUCGGCAAACCUGUCAAGGUCUUCAUCAUGCCUAAACCUGCCCGCCGCUGACACCAAACACCUCUAAGCAUCCAUCUCGCUUUCUCUCUCCUAUCUUGUCUGUUGUCUUCUCCCUCUCCCACCCCUAACCCUCUAGUCCUCAGCCAUUGACGCAGACCUCAAAGCUGGCCGUUCCUUACUGCGUAUAUGUUUAUAUUGUUAGUGUGACUAUGUGCCACUCCUGGCAGACUGCUCAACUAGAAUGAGGUUGUGUCCCAAAUAGCACCCUAUUCCCUAUAUAGGGCACUACUUUUGACCACUAAAGGAAAAGGGGUGCCAUUUGGGAUUCAUCCUGAGACUCAGCCAGAGUAUCACUGAGGUCACCUGUCUGAUCUGUGUGUUGCUAUUCCUAGUUGCUAUAGUUAAGGACCAUUUUUUUUCUUUGAAUGACAAUAAAUGAAACCAGAUGACAAAAACAAGCCUUUAUUCACAGCCAGUCAUUUCAGCUCUUCAUUACGGUGUUCUGAAUGUUUCACUUCGCUAAUGCACCCCAGGGUUGUGUUCAUCAGGCACCAAACAGAAUAAAACAGGGAGGGACUACAUGGACUUGUCCAUUGCAAAACGUUUUGCUACAGUGUGCUGUAAUGAAUAUGACCCUGUUGAAUUGCACCAGGCUUUCAGACUUCUCCUACUGGCCACCUGUGGUAUGAUGUCAUCAGCAGGUAGAGUGGAAGAUGCCACCCACCUUGGCUCCCUGGCCAACCAGGUUGUUGUAUUCUGUGAUGGCCUUCUCUGUCUGCAGAACUAUCAGCUCCACUCCUCUCUGUAUCACGAAGUCCACAGUUGAGGACGGGACCUUUUUAGAGAGAGAGCGCAGAGUUCAACAUUGCAGCCAUCUUUAAAGGAAAACUCUACCCAAAAACUAUCUUUUGGUAUUAGUUUCAUUAGUCCAUUGUUAGCAUAGUCCCAAAAUGUUCUGCUUGUCAACAAUCAGGUUUUCAAGAUGUAACUUUCAAAAUACAGAAAUCAAUUUGCAUCAUAUGAUUCUGGGUUUUGCAUCAUACGGGGAUGAUUUCUGGGUUUUGAAAGUUACAUAUCUUUAAACCCUGAUUAUUGACAGGCAAAACAUUUUGGGACUGUCAACAAUGGACUAAUGAAACUAAUACAAAAAUUGUUUUUGGGUGGAGUUUUCCUUUAAAAGGCAAGUCAAGACUGACUGAUCUACAAAUCACCUUGCAUCAAAUAACUACUCAAUAUUAUUUGUAGAUCAGUCAUUCACAAUUUACCCAUGGUACAUCACAGUUUUGAUGCUCUCGAACAAGGCCAGAGAGAGAAAUCAGGGGAAUUGUGGGAAAGUGUACAUGUGUAGAAGCUGGUGAAAGUAUGUUUGUCGGGGCUAGGGAAAGUGAAGGAUAGGGUAAACAGAGGAAGCGAGAGGUUUUACUCUGCCCAAAAUAAGUGAGGAAUUUUUGUAUGGAGGUUAGAGUGUUGAAUUUGAUAAACAAUAAAUGUGACUGUUCUUA